AUGGCUUUCGUGGGCGAAGUUGUCAGGAAAGAGUUCGAGGGGCUUCGGUUUUGCUCGGGAACUGCUCGAUCUUUCGAUUCCUCGUCUGGAUUUUUUGAGCUCGUUUACGAUAACGGAUUUACCCCGAUUGCCGAAUUGGCGGAGGCUGUUGCUCCUUUGGUCGGUAAGGGAUUUCCGGGGGAGAUGGUUCGGGUGAAACCUCGAGUUGGUCGGCGGCCGAAGAAGCGCGCUCGGAUCGCGAGGAUGAAAGAGAUCAUGCGCGGUGGUUCUGGCGAUGAGGAAGAUCGACUACAUAACGAGGUAAAACCGUUGGAAAUUGUCGAUUUGAAUGAUGGAUUUGUGGAGAAUUCUGGGGUUAGUGAUGUUUUCGAUGUCAAAUUGACUGGGGAUGUUGAUUUAAAUUAUGGGCCUGAUGAAACCCUAGGUGGGAAUUGUGGGUCUGAGACAGAUUUGAACGAGAGAGUGGAGGAUUUGGGGAUUGGAAUUGAUUUGAAUACUGGCUUGGAUUUGAAUUCGAACGAAGGAUUAGGUUUGAUUAAUGUGAAUAUCGAUUAUGAGGAUAACUUUAGUGAGAGAAGGAGGGAUUUUAUUGAUCUGAACGUGGAUGCGAACUGUGAUUUGGACGAAGUUGAUGGCUCUGCUUUGGGUGAGCAGAAGAGGGAACGAGGAUUUGAUUUGAAUUUGGAGGUUGAUGUGGAGAAUAGCAAGGAUAACAUGGACGUUCAAGUAAAUGGAUACAGUUCUCUACAAAAGCCUAGCGAGCAUGGUUAUGCCAAUUUCCACCGUGAUGUUGAGAAUGGAGAAAUUAAGGAGGUUAAUGUUACUGAAGUUACGCCCGAGCAGCUAAUUGAAGAGAUUCAGAAGCAAAAUAGUGUUUUAGGUCAAGAAUUUCAUACCCCUGAUCCUAAUGGGGUCAGUCAGAAGGAUGAUCUUUCUGAUUAUGAGGCCGGGGCUGUUGACGAGUCUCAUUCUGAUCGGAGAAAUUCAUAUGAAUUUAGGAAUGGUCAGAGGAAGAGAAGAAAAGUUUUAGAUAAUUCUAAUUUCAGGACUGAAACUGUGUUGAGAAGAAGCACUCGCAGUCGUAGAAUGUCAUCUCGAACUCGUUUCACUACUACAUCAACAACUUGCUUAUUCGAUGAAGUAUCUCCUUCUCCUGCAGUUAGUAGUCUGACAGAGGAGAAACAUUUAACUAUGGAUGGGUCUGAUGAAACUGCCUUGUUGCCCCCAAAGCCACAAUUACCACCAUCUUCGUGUAACUUGAGUUUCGAGGGUCUUCCUUUGCUCGAUGUCUUUUCUGUCUAUUCUUGUCUGAGAUCCUUCAGUACUUUAUUGUUUCUAAGCCCCUUUGUGUUGGAGGACUUUGUGGAAGCACUGAACUGUCUCUCCCCUAGUCUGUUAUUUGAUAGCAUCCAUGUUUCUGUCUUGCAAAUAUUGAGAAAGCAUUUGGAGCAAGUUGCUGGAGAUGGUGACCUAUCUGCCUAUGAUUGCCUAAGGAGUCUUGAUUGGGAUAUGCUGGAUGUGGUUACUUAUCCUCUUUUUGUGGUCGAAUACCUGCUAUUUUGUGGCUCAGAUCACAACCCUGGACUGGAUCUUGCCCGUUUGAACUUUUUUAGGAGUGAAUACUUCAAACAACCCGCGACUCUGAAAAUUGAGAUACUUCGCCGCCUGUGUGACGACAUGAUUGAGGCUCAAUCUGUGAGAUCAGAGCUUAAUAAAAGGUCUUUGGCACCCGAAUUUGAAAUGGAACCUGAUAGGCACAUGAACGCUGAAGUGAGAAGGAGAAGGCAAACUAUGAUGGAACCGGCUGAUGAUUUGUCUUUGAAUGAUGACGUCGUUGAUUUUUCUUCUGACUGGAACAGUGAUGAGUGCUGCCUUUGUAAGAUGGAUGGGAGCUUACUGUGCUGUGAUGGCUGUCCAGCAGCCUAUCACUCUAAGUGUGUUGGUGUUGCCAGUCAUCUUUUGACUGAGGGUGAUUGGUACUGCCCUGAAUGUUCAUUUGAUCGGCUUAGGCCAGGAUUAAAGCCUGGAAAGCUAGUUCGAGGAGCAGAGUACUUAGGAACUGAUCCCCAUGGACGGCAAUACUAUAGCAGUUGUGGGUACCUAUUGGUGAUAGAUACAGAUGGCUCAGGAUCAUUGAAUUACUACGACAUGAAUGAUGUAAACCUUGUGCUGGAGGUGCUAAAGUCAUGCGGUAGUCUCUAUAGAGGCAUAACAGAUGCAAUUAACAAACACUGGGAGAUCCCUGUUGGCUUAAGAAGAACAAUCAGCAGUGUGAACUCCCAAAUGUCUACAUGCAUGGCUGCAGCAGCAGCAGAAAGAACUAUUCCUUCUGGUGAUGGGUCUAAGUCUAUGUCAACUUCACCAGCUCUUGAAUCGCAGAUUGCAACUACUGCUGAAGGAAAGGUGGACAGAAUAUCCAUUGGUGGACAUUCAGAUAAUCACCCUCGUAGGAGUUCUCGGAAGAAACCAGAUUCAACUACUGAACUAGAUAUACUGAAAUUGAGUUGCAGUCAGGAAGUACCAUCAAGCAAUUUGGACACCAUGAAAGAACCAGAAAUUGAUAACCAUUCAUCUUCACAUAAUUCGUCUAGAAUAAACACAAGAAAAGGAAACAAACCGAAGGUGCAAAGCGGAACAGGAUACAGAAAUUGCUACAGCUUUGCUCGGGUGACUUCACUGAUUGCUGAGGAGGUGUUGUCUAAGUUACCAAUCCAUAGUAACAAAGUGAAAUCUGAUGAAGAUAUUAUUUCUAUCCAGGUGAAGACAAUAUUGAAGAAAUCCAACAAAUUUCAUUGGCGAAACAUCCAAAGUGUGUAUCUAGAUUCAUGGAAAGAAAAAUGUGGGUGGUGCUUUUCCUGCAAAAAUCCUUCUGAGGAUGUGGGAAGGGAGGUGGAUUGUUUAUUUAACAUGAGUCUCGGGCCGAUCCGAGGUCUUCCUGAAAGUGAAAUUGCUAAUAUUCUGUCCAAUAACAAGAAUAGUCAUCUUGCGGCUGUUAUGUGCCAGAUAGUUGCCAUGGAAAGUCGACUGCAAGGACUUCUUAUAGGUCCAUGGUUGAAUCCGCAAUACUUCAGGAACUGGCGUGAAAACAUUUUCAACACAUCUAACAUUACGAGCUUGAAGCUUUUAUUGCUUGAAUUGGAGGCAUGUCUGCAUCAUCGGGUGCUUUCAUCACAGUGGCUAAACCAUGUAGAUUUUGCCAAGACAAUGGGUUCGGCUACACAUAUUGUCAUUGCUUCUGCACGCUCAUCGUCGAAGAGUGCAAUUGGUAAAAGAAUGGGGAAGAUUUCAGAUUCUGGGGUUAAACAUACCACGAAAAAGAAUGGGGGAUUGUCCAUGUGUUGGUGGAGAGGUGGCCGACUUUCAAGACGGUUAUUCAACUGGAAGGUUUUACCUCGGUCUUUGGUCUUAAAGGCUGCCCGACAAGGUGGAAGUAGAAAGAUUCCCGGAAUAUUUUAUCCUGAGAAUUCAGAACCUCCUAGAAGAAGCCUUCGUGUAGCAUGGCAAGCAGCAGUCGAGUCAUGCACAACGUCGGAGCAGCUCGGUUUGCAGGUGAGAGAGCUUGAUUCUUACAUCAACUGGGUUGAUAUUGAAAACACGCAUCUUCUUCCAGCAUUGAAUAAAGAAUCCAGAAAAUAUGUCAGACUAUUCAAAAAGGCCAUUGUUCGUAGGAAGUGCUUGGAAGCAGAGAAUGUGAAAUAUCUCCUCGACUUUGGUAAGAGGAGAAAUAUUCCUGAUGUCGUCUUGGAAAAUGGUUGCAUGGUUGAAGAAUCCUCUAGUGGAAGGAAGAAAUUCUGGUUGAGUGAGUCAUAUGUGCCUUUACAUCUCUUGAAAGGCUUUGAGGAGAAAAAAAUUGUUAAAAAAACCAGUAAGAUGGGCACUUUCAGACGUUUUGAGGUCGGUAAGGCAAGAAGGUGCUUAAAGGAGAAGGGCUUCUUAUACCUCUUUGCGAGGGCAGAAAGAUCUGAAUCUUCCCUGUGUGGGCACUGCAACAAAGAUGUGCUUUUGAGUGAAGCUGUGUGCUGCUACAUCUGCAAAGAAUAUUUCCAUAAAAAGCAUGUCAGCAAAGCAGAUGGCGAGGAUUCCUCCUAUAUCUGUCACCAAUGCCAGGGUAAUAUUCUAGCAAAGGAGCAACCGAAGAAACGAAAAAGAGGGCGGCCUCCUGGGAGUUUUCGCCGGAAAAGUUUUGGACUUCAGACACAAAAGCAUAAAAAGGUCACCCCUGCUCACAAGUCGGCUCGGCCAAAGAUGACUAAGGUCUUAGUUGCAGAGAGGAUUUCUUUGAGGUUGCAGAAUCAUAAGAAGGUUGUGGCUAGCUUACCUUUGCGACGUUCAACUAGAAGACCGAAGCGUGUUUUCAGACUGCAGGACGAAAGCAAAGAUCCUGGGGGAAACAAGAAACGGAAAUUGAAGCUUAAAAGAGGUAGAGGCAGGCCAAAGAAAGUUAAACAAGAAAUUUCCUUGAGAAAAAAAAGAACGAGAAGGUUCUUUAGUUAUUGGUCAAACGGCAUCUUGCUGUCCAGAAAACCUGGCGAUGAACGGGUAACGAUGUUCCGUAGAGACAGAUAUUUUAUUCCUUCAGAGAAGUCUGACACUGAUAAUGACCAUCCAAAAUGCCAUAUAUGUGCUUCCGCUGAAUCAGUAUCUGGGUCAGCUUUCAUUGCCUGUGAAAUUUGUGGAGAAUGGUUCCAUGGGGAUGCAUACGGUCUGAACGACGAGAACAUGAGUAUGCUUAUUGGAUUCCGGUGCCAUAUCUGUCGUAAAAGAUCCCCUCCCAAGUGUCCACAUAUGCGACCCACGUCCCCUGUAUCAUCCUAACUCAUCGGGGAUCGGAUUCUGAUUGAUGGGCUGACGAUAAACAGAAAAUUUCUGCAUCUUUAAUGGCUGCUGAUAGAUUAUUUACGUGACGAAUCACAGGGCAAGCCAGAGAACUCGGCCAAUGGGGAGCAGCUUCUAUACAAUCUUUGGACAAGAGCUUAGGCAGGUUAUAUUCGAGCUAGUGAAUCAAUGGAUGAACUCUGAGGCGCAAACAUUUUCAUUUUUUUAAUGGAUGAUUUAUAGGUUGGCUUUGGUGGCUGCUAACUGGAAAUGACAAAUGAGAUGGGUUAGAUGAGAUUUUAGUUGUAGUAGUCUCGAGUUAGAACUAAGAAUGGUUUUAAGGUUGGGAUUUUAGGACAAAAGUUUUUUUUUUUAAUUUUUAACAUUAUGAUUGUUUCUCAAAGUGUAGAGAGGCUUUGUCAAAAUUAUUUGUAAAUCUUUUGUCAUGUUGAAAUACAAUGUUUUAGACCAUUUUUAAAAGGAAAUAUGGAAGAAAACAAGGAACAUACAUUAUUAUUUCUA